CAGAAUGACGAAGAAAAGGAAACACCAAGAAGAUUUCCAGAAAGUGAAAUUGAAAGUUGGGAAAAAAAAGCCUAAGCUAGAAAAUGCAACCGAUACCACUUUCAAAACCAAGACCAUACAAAUUCCUGAACAACUUAAAGAAGAUGGAAUGCUUUCUACACAAAAUAGAAAGCUUAACAUAAAGGAUCUGCUUUCACAGAUGCACCAUUACAGUGCUGGGGUUAAGCAAAACGCUCUUCUUGGGCUCAAAGAUUCUCUGUCUCAGUAUCCACUUGUAGUUGAUGCACACCUUUCAAGUAUAAUAAGUGAAGUUGCAGCAGUGUUUACAGACAAAGACUCUGGUGUUAGAGGAGCAGCCGUUCACCUGCUUCAGUUUUUGGCUUCAAGAAUAAGAUCUGAACAAAUGGCUCCGUUUUUCCCUUUGGUAAGUGCCCACCUCUCCAGUGCCAUGACUCAUAUCAGUGAGGGAAUUCAGGAAGAUUCAUUGAAAGUCUUGGAUGUUUUGUUGGAACACUACCCAGCUCUUCUUACUGACCGCAGUAGUAUCUUGUUGAAGAAUUUUGUAGAGCUUAUUUCUCACCAGCAGCUGUCAAAAAGAAUGAAAAGUAGAGAUAAACUCUCCUGGAUGCUGUCUGUUAACCCGAAUCGCAGAGUAACUUCUCAGCAGUGGAGGCUGAACGUUCUUACGAGGCUCAAGAAGUUUCUCCAAGCAGUAGUAGAUGCAUCCAGUGAUUUAGAGGAUGAAGGGCUUCAAGAACCAAAGGACAGCCCUCACUCUGCGAGAAAUGCAGUAUGUAUAAGCUGGAAGGCCCACGCAAAUAAUCAGCAACACGUCCAACUCUAUGGAGAUGGUGGCUUACGACCAAAGAUCAACUCAUCGUUUAGACUGAGGUCUCUGACAAGUGUAAUGGACAGCACAGAAAAAGGCCUGUCCUCUGCUGAAAACUUAAAAAGUUUUAUUGAGAUAAUAAUUCCGUUACUGAUUGAGUGCUGGAUUGAAGCAUCUCCUGCACAAUCAGCUCCCAUCCUUGGAAAUCUUUUGGAAUCAGAAUCCCAGCAGCUUAUGCAGCAAGUGCUUAGUAUAAUACAUUUGUUGUGGAAGCUCACAAAGCAGCACGAUGAAACGUGCAAAAUG